ACCUAUACUGAAGUAAAUUUUCAAAGAGAUGGAAAAAAGAAAAUGGACUGCAAUUCAACAGGAAAGAUUAAUGCUUCAACAAAAAAAACAUGGUCCUUUUCCAGAUCCGCUUUACUCCAGAUUACAGUUUUGUGCAUCUUACUGGUAAUCAUCAUUGUCUUAUUUAUAUUAGUCAUACAGAAAACAGCAGACACAAUGAACAAAUCAAAAACAAAUUAUCAGGGCUUAUGUAACAUAAAUGGUACAUCUGAUGAUUGUAUCCAUGAUUUAAACUAUCAACUUCAAGAAUGCAAGAGUGAUAUGAAUAAAGCCCAACAGGAUUGUAAAAUUAAUGGAUGUGAUGGACAUGACAUCUUGAAGGACCACCUAAAGAAAACAUGUAGAAAAGAAUGGAGUACUGGAGAAAUGAACUGCUCCUUUUGCCCAACUGGAUGGUUACAGAAUUUCAGAAAAUGCUACUUCAUUUCUAAAGAAAAUAAAACAUGGUUGGAAUGCAGAAACAUCUGUAUUUCACAUAAAGCAGACCUCGUUAUAGUUAAGGAGAAAAAUGAACUGGAAUACCUGCAAUAUAUCAUGAAUGACGCAAAUGGAUUUUACUGGAUUGGACUGAGAAGAGAUUCCAGUGAGAUUUGGAGAUGGGUAGAUGGAUCUCCUUUUGAUGGAUCUUUGUUUCAAAAUGUUACUAGGCAUGGUGGCACUCAUGUUUUCAUAUCUAAGAAAACAACCUCAUCUGGCUUGCACUACACAAAGAAAAUGUGCAUUUGUCAAAGGUCAUCUGUUAUGGUGUAA